CAGGUUUCGCGGUCGCCUUGACUACCCGGUGGCCCGCAACGGCGGCGGGGACUAGUCGUUGAGGCUGUGAGCCGAGCCAGACACCUGCGGACCUCGCCUGACUCGGCCGGGCCCGCGCCGGAGAGAGUAGCAGCUCCAUCCGAACAGGGACUAUGAGAAAAUGGUCGGGCAAACGAGGAACAAGCUCAAAGAAGCGGCCUCAGAGCCGUCGCACUCUCUCCGCUCCACGCAGUCUAAGCAGCGGCGGCGCCGGGCCACCGGAGCCGGGGAGCCGGAGUUGGACGAGGAGCCGAAGGGGAAGGUGAAAAAGACGGAGCUGCCUUUGCCCGCAUGCGGGGGGAACCUGCCAGAGGGCGCCCGGAAGUACUCGCCGCGGAGGACCCGAAACCUGAACGCGCAGAAUUGCCUGCAAAUGGAAGUGGUCGGAAGGACCGUUCUUCUCGGCCGCUUUCAAUUCCUCAGAUGUUUCAUGGAGCAGCUCCGCGACAAGGUGCAUCUAUUGCAGAGAUGUCAGUUCACGGGCAGUAUGACCCUCGGCAUAGCUGCCUUUGUGGCAAUUUUGCACUGGAUACAUUUAAUAACACUUUUUGAAAAUGAUCGUCAUUUUUCUCACCUCUCAUCCUUGGAACGGGAGAUGACUUUUCGCACUGAAAUGGGACUUUAUUAUUCCUACUUCAAAACCAUUAUCGAAGCACCUUCAUUUUUGGAAGGACUAUGGAUGAUUAUGAAUGACAAGCUUACUGAAUAUCCCCUUGCAAUUAAUACAGUGAAACGCUUCCAUCUUUAUCCAGAGGUGAUUAUAGCCUUCUGGUAUCGCACAUUUAUGGGAAUAAUGAAUUUAUUUGGGCUGGAAACAAAGACCUGCUGGAAUGUGACCAGAGUAGAACCUCUAAAUGAAGUUCAAAGCUGUGAAGGAUUGGGAGACCCUGCUUGCUUUUAUGUUGGUGUGAUUUUUAUUUUAAAUGGAAUAAUGAUGGGAUUCUUCUUCAUAUAUGGUACAUACUUGAGUGGGACUCACCUUGGAGGUCUAAUUACAGUAUUAUGCUACUUUUUCAACCAUGGAGAGGCUACUCGGGUGAUGUGGACACCACCUCUCCGGGAAAGUUUUUCAUAUCCAUUUCUUGUACUUCAGAUGUACAUCUUAACUGUGAUUCUCAGGACAUCGAACAAUAGUAAAAAGCAUUUUAUUGCACUGUGCCUUUCCAAUGUUGCUUUUAUGCUUCCCUGGCAAUUUGCUCAGUUUAUACUUUUUACACAGAUAGCCUCAUUAUUUCCCUUGUAUGUUGUGGGGUACAUUGAGCCAAAAAAAUUUCAGAAGAUCAUCUAUAUGAACAUGGUUUCGGUUCUCCUUUGUUUUGUAUUGAUGUUUGGAAAUCCAAUGUAUUUAUCUUCUUAUUAUUCUUCGUCUCUAUUGAUGACAUUGGUGAUAAUUCUAUGGAGAAAUAAAAUUCAAAGAUUGGGUGCAUCUGAACUCCACUUUUGGAUAAUUCAAGGAAGUGCUUGGUUUUGUGGGACAAUCAUUCUGAAAUUUCUGACAUCUAAAAUUUUAGGUGUUUCAUACCAUAUUGGCCUGAGUGACCUUAUUGCAGCCAGAAUCUUAAGAUAUACAGAUUUUGAUACUUUAAUUUACACCUGUGCUCCUGAAUUUGACUUCAUGGAAAAAACGACGCCACUGAGAUACACAGAGACAUUGUUGCUUCCAAUCGUUAUGGUGAUUACUUAUUUUAUCUUUAAAAAGGCUUUUCGUGAUAUUUUACGUGUCUUAUCUGCAAAUACUUAUCUGAGAAAACAUCUCCUUGAACGUGGUGAGCUAAUUUUUCACAUAUUGCAGUUGUUUGCAUUUGCUUCCCUUGCCAUUUUAAUUAUGAGGCUGAAGCUCUUUUUGACACCUCACAUGUGUGUUAUGGCUUCCUUGAUAUGCUCUCGGCGGCUCUUUGGCUGGCUUUUUCGGAGAGUUCGUUUUGAGAAUGUUAUCUUUGGCAUUCUAACAGUGAUGUCAAUACAAGGUUGUGCAAACCUCCAUAAUCAAUGGAACAUAAUAGGAGAAUUUAAUAAUUUGCCCCAGGAAGAACUGAUACAGUGGAUCAAACACAAUACCAGACCGGAUGCUGUUUUCGCUGGUGCCAUGCCUACAAUGGCAAGUGUCAAGCUCUCCACUCUUCACCCCAUUGUGAAUCACCCACAUUAUGAGGAUGCAGACUUGAGAGCUCGGACAAAAAUAGUUUAUUCUGCAUAUAGUCGAAAAUCUGCAAAAGAAGUGAGAGAUAAGUUGGUGGAGUUACAUGUGAAUUACUACAUUUUAGAAGAGGCGUGGUGUGUUGUAAGAACUAAGCCUGGUUGCAGUAUGCUUGAAAUUUGGGAUGUGGAAGACCCUUCCAACUCAGCUAACCCUCCCUUAUGUAGCGUCUUGCUCAAGGAUGAGAGGCCGUACUUCACCACAGUGUUUCAGAAUAGUAUGUACAGAGUGUUAAAGGUUAACUGCUAAUGAGACUACCCUUUACACUGUGGUGCAAAGAGGUGCAUAAAAAACAAUCACUUUAGUUUAUUUACAUUAAUAAAAUUCACAAGCUUUAAUAAGGGACCCUUAAAAAGAAGAUAAUAAAAAUGAUUUAAAUUUUUCUAAUUGCUAAAAGGUAAAUUAUUUCAUUGUUUUCCAUUGAAUGUCAGCCUUAUUAAGCUUGUCAUAUAAAUGAGUAAAUCAUCUUAAAGUUUUAAAGAAGAAAAAUAUAUGUAAAAGAACAAUGAAAUUGAAUAAAUCAAGGAUAUGUAAGUCCUUUUGGUAUCCCGCUAGGUGAAUUGCUUCGGAUUUUCCUUAGUUCCAGGAUGUACCAGCUCAGACUCUUUAAACCACUUAGAAGAGACUAAUGCAGUCUCUGAAAUGACACUUCCUUAAGAUCCUGAUACUGAUCACAACCUCUUUACCUCUGUGAGGAAAUUUGUUUGUAACCAUGUGUUUAUUAAGGUUGUUUUUGCUUUUAGUAGCCCUCAGGAAAGAUCUUUAAUAGCUUUUAAAAACUUUUUUAUCAUUUCAGGUUAGAUAUUUUAAAAAACAGCUUAUUUUGUAAUGUUUUCAAUCUCUUUAAAUUUAUUUGCGGAGCCAGAUAAGUAUUUUUCACUGAUUAGUUCUCAAUUUGAGUUCAACAGAUUAUUAAUCUGUCUUUAGAAUUCAGUGGUUUUUCUUUUACUAUCCAAGUAAAAUAAAAGUUGUUACAGUACACAGCCAAAUGUAGGGGUUAAACAUAAUCAGAAAUGAAAAUCCAGUUAAAUUUAUCAAAUGAAAUUUGAAGAUUCUAGAUCUUGAAUGAAGCAAAGGCAUUCUCAUCUUGAAGCCCUGUAAGCUCAUUGGACAUAGUCAUUUUUUCUGGUCAUCAUCUUUCAUAAUUAAUGUAUUUUAAAGUCCUUUAUUUAUUUUUGGUUUUGGAUGAGGACAGUAAUGUUUUAUAGAUCGUCUCUCCCAGUAUAAAACCUACCCGAUAGUAGUGCUUUGAAAAGUGGUAAAUAGUUAUCUUGAAGAUAUUGUUGCCAAAUGGAAAGAUAAACACUCUCUUUCUCUGAUUGAUGGAUGUUAAAUAUGCCAUAGCUGUAGUAUUUUAAUGUGCAUCUGCUUUAAUCACCUUGAAAUUUUUGUAAUCCCCUGAUUUUUUUGGACCUCUACAUUUGAGAUAACAAAAUGACUAAAUUCUGUAGAUUAGUUCACUUACAGUAGGUAGAAGAUUACAUAUAUAUAAUAUAUACAGGAAAACCAAUAAAAUUUGUAACUUUUAUACUUGUAAAAUGUCUUCAUACAAGAUACAAAACAGCUAAGAAAGCAUACCAAAUUUUAUAUAUAUUUGCAUUUUCAGAUAAUUUGUUUUGGCAUAAGUAUGGGGAAAAGAGAGAAAGGAGA